AUGAAGGUCUGCGCAAAGUUUACUCCCAAAGCUUUGAUCUCUGCGCCUCGAAGGUCGGCCGUGACUCCCAAUUCAGAUGGCACCCUAGGGCUCUUCACAGUGCAGUCAUGGUCUUUUGAGACGCACAGCAAGACCGCCGAUAUCAGAGUGAGAAAUUUCGAGACUGGGAAGACAAGAGUUCUCAAUGCGGACAAGACAUGUACGGAUGCGACGUGGCUGGAGAAUACCUUACUCCUGUGGUUGAAACCUGGAUCAGACAAGGAGACGUCGACGACGGAGUUGAUACUAGAAGAUGUGGAUGAUUUGGAGGGCGAGCCAGGAGUAAUCGCCACUUUCGAGGGAGUAUUCGAAAACCUCAAGGCCAUCGUUCUCGAUCAUGACACCGUCGCCAUCGCCGUAACAGGUUAUGCAACCCCUUCUGGAAAACCGUUCAAUCCCGCGAAACAUGUGAAGCCUGCGUCGACCGGCCGGAUAUAUUCAAGUCUCUUCGUCAGACAUUGGGACUCCUAUGUGGACACAAACAAGCAGGCCAUCUGGUAUACUACGAUAAAGACGCUUCACGGAGGCAAAAGUAUAUCUGUUGAGCCGUUGAAGAAUGCUCUCGCAGGACACUCGAUCGCGUUAGAAUCUCCAGUCCCUCCAUUUGGUGGGGCAGGAGAUUUCGAUAUCAGCAAGAACGGAAUUGUGUUUGUUGCAAAAGACCCCAAAUUGAUACCUGCGGCGUAUACAAAAAGUGAUCUUUACUACGUCCCAUUACGAACCUUCAGCGAGUCCCCAGCGCCAUCUCCACAGCUCGUCAAAACCGGAAACUUGAGAGGAUAUAGCGGUAGUCCUGUUUUUUCUCCUGAUGCUAAAUCUGUAGCCUUCUGGCGUAUGCAGAAUAGGCAGUACGAGAGUGACAAGCCCCGACUGCUCCUCUGGCCAGAUAUUUCAGACCUCUCAAAUGUCCAGGAGUUUUAUGAAACCUCGGAUGGUGAGGGGGGUUGGGAUCGCAGACCGGAAGACAUUACUUGGAGCCAUGAUGGGAAGGAGCUUUACGUCACAGCAGAAGAGCAUGGCCGUACGAAACUCUUCAAACUCCCAUCAUCUCCCAGGCAUGCAAAAGAUCUUCCUGAGCCUAUCGUCCACGAUGGCACGGUCAAUUCUGUGAGCCUACUUCCCAAGAACAAGUUACUCGUCUGCAGUAGUUCUCUUGUAGACAACAGCAUAUGGUCCAUCAUAGAUCCUGCGAAACCAGAUACGAAGGAGCUCAUAUCAUCCAGUUUCAAAGGCGGAUUUUCCUUCGGAAUAUCUCAGUCCCAAGUCGAUGAGAUAUGGUAUGAAGGCUCCGACAAGCAAAAGAUCCACGCUUGGCUGAUCAAACCUUCGAGUUUCGACCCAAAGAAGACAUACCCGUUAGCAUACCUCAUCCACGGUGGCCCCCAAGGAGCCUGGGGAGAGGCUUGGUCCGUCCGCUGGAACCCUCUCAUCUAUGCAGAGCAAGGUUAUGUUGUCGUAACACCUAACCCAACCGGCAGCACAGGCUACGGCAUGGCCUUGCAAAAUGGAAUCAAAGAGAACUGGGGUGGACGUCCUUAUAUUGAUCUAGUCAAAGGCUUCGAAUACAUCGAGGCCAACCUCCCCUACGUCGAUACAUCCCGUGCCGUCGCUCUCGGCGCAUCUUAUGGUGGUUUCAUGAUCAACUGGAUCCAAGGCCACGAUCUGGGCCGCAAGUUCAAAGCCCUAGUAACUCACGACGGCGUAUUCUGUACACUGAACCAAUAUGCCUCUGAAGAACUGUUCUUCCCUCUCCACGAUUUUGGAGGUACAUUAUGGGACAAUCGUGCUGGGUACGAGAAGUGGGAUCCGAGUGCUCAUACAGCGAAUUGGAGCACUCCGCAAAUGAUUAUCCACAACGAGCUGGACUACAGACUUCCUAUUGGAGAGGGAUUGGCGCCAUUCAAUGUCUUGCAGACCAGAGGAGUGGAGAGUAAAUUCCUGACUUUCCCAGACGAGAAUCACUGGGUUCUCAAACCCGAAAACUCGCUAGUCUGGCAUACAGAAGUCCUCGACUGGAUCAACCACUACAGCGGCAUCACCUCCGAGCGCGAAGCCGAAAUAAAUUCGAGAGCAUUGUCGGCGAUGCGUAAGUUCGCCAUGGACUUGGCGAUCCAUGGCGAGGUGGUUGAUAAUCAGGUUCAGCGACUGAGCGAGGAGAGGGAGUGGGAGGCUGAGGAUAAGGGGGAUGGACCGGCUGUGAGGGUUCCGUGA